GUGUGUGUAUGUGUGUGCGUGUGUGUGUUUACAAUAUCCAGAACAGGGCAUUCAGAUGUUUGGGCGGGGCCAGUACAGCCAGGCAGUACACAUGUUUACAGAAGCCAUCCACUGUGACCCUAAGAACCACAGGUUCUAUGGAAAUCGCUCUUACUGUAACUUGUGUCUGGAGCGGCACUCCGCCGCCCUCAAGGACGCUCAGAGGUCAAUCGAGCUGGCUCCCGAUUGGCCAAAGGGAUUCUUCCGUAAGGGUUGUGCUUUGAUGGGGUUAAAGCGGUACAAAGAGGCAGAGGAGGACAUGGAGCAGGUGUUAAAGUUGGAUCAGCACAUUAAUGAGGCGUCCAGUAAACUCGUCACCUGUCGGAUUCUGCAGCUCAUGGAUAUGGGCUUUGAGGAAGAGCAGAGUAAACUGCUGCUGGAGAAGUUCAACACGGUUCAAGGCGUCCUCAACUCAUCUGAGGCCAAAGCACUGAAGCAAACAUCUCUGCAGGAGCAGAGUGAGUAA